CGCGCUCCCGCAGCCAUGGGCGCCGGGGGCGGGCGGGGGGCGGCGGCCGUGCCGCUGCUGGUGGCCGUUGCCGCGCUGCUGGUGGGCGCCGCGGGCCACCUGUACCCUGGAGAGGUGUGCCCCGGCAUGGACAUCCGGAACAACCUCACCCGGCUGCACGAGCUGGCCAACUGCUCCGUCAUCGAAGGACAUCUGCAGAUACUGCUGAUGUUCAAAACGAGGCCUGAGGAUUUCCGAGACCUCAGUUUCCCCAAACUCAUCAUGAUCACCGAUUACUUGCUGCUCUUCCGGGUCUACGGGCUGGAGAGCCUGAAGGACCUGUUCCCCAACCUCACGGUCAUCCGGGGCUCCCGCCUCUUCUUCAACUACGCGCUGGUCAUCUUCGAGAUGGUUCACCUGAAGGAGCUUGGCCUCUACAAUUUGAUGAACAUUACGCGGGGCUCGGUCCGCAUCGAGAAGAACAAUGAGCUCUGCUACCUGGCCACCAUCGACUGGUCGCGCAUCCUGGACUCCGUGGAGGAUAAUUACAUCGUGCUGAACAAAGAUGACAACGAGGAAUGUGGGGACAUUUGUCCAGGCACUGCCAAGGGCAAAACCAACUGCCCUGCCACUGUCAUCAAUGGGCAAUUUGUCGAGCGGUGUUGGACGCACAGCCACUGUCAGAAAGUUUGUCCGACCAUCUGCAAGUCGCACGGCUGCACCGCAGAGGGCCUCUGCUGCCACAGCGAGUGCUUGGGUAACUGCUCCGAGCCCGACGACCCCACCAAGUGCGUGGCCUGCCGCAACUUCUACCUGGACGGCCGCUGCGUGGAGACCUGCCCGCCCCCCUACUACCACUUCCAAGACUGGCGCUGCGUGAACUUCAGCUUCUGCCAGGAUCUGCACAACAAAUGCAAGAACUCUCGGAGGCAGGGCUGCCACCAGUACGUCAUUCACAAUAACAAGUGCAUCCCUGAGUGUCCCUCUGGGUACACGAUGAAUUCCAGCAACUUGAUGUGCACUCCAUGCCUGGGCCCCUGUCCCAAGGUCUGCCACCUCCUGGAAGGUGAGAAGACCAUCGACUCAGUGACGUCCGCCCAGGAGCUCCGAGGCUGCACCAUUGUCAACGGGAGCUUAAUCAUCAACAUUCGAGGGGGCAACAAUCUGGCAGCUGAGCUGGAGGCCAACCUUGGACUCAUUGAAGAAAUUUCAGGGUACCUGAAAAUCCGCCGGUCCUACGCCCUCGUGUCACUUUCCUUCUUCCGGAAGUUACGUCUGAUUCGAGGAGAGACCUUGGAGAUUGGGAACUACUCCUUCUACGCCUUGGACAACCAGAACCUAAGGCAGCUGUGGGACUGGAGCAAACACAACCUCACCAUCACGCAGGGGAAACUGUUCUUCCACUAUAACCCCAAGCUCUGCUUGUCGGAAAUUCACAAGAUGGAGGAAGUUUCAGGAACCAAGGGGCGCCAGGAGAGAAACGACAUUGCCCUGAAGACCAAUGGGGACCAGGCGUCCUGUGAAAAUGAAUUACUUAAAUUCUCUUACAUUCGGACAUCUCAUGACAAGAUCUUGCUGAAAUGGGAGCCCUACUGGCCCCCUGACUUCCGAGAUCUCUUGGGGUUCAUGCUUUUCUACAAAGAGGCCCCUUAUCAGAACGUGACGGAGUUCGAUGGACAGGAUGCGUGCGGCUCCAACAGCUGGACGGUGGUGGACAUUGACCCGCCGAUGAGGUCCAAUGACCCCAAGUCACAGAACCACCCCGGGUGGCUGAUGCGGGGUCUCAAGCCCUGGACCCAGUACGCCAUCUUUGUCAAGACCUUGGUCACCUUUUCUGACGAACGCCGCACGUACGGGGCCAAGAGCGACAUCAUCUAUGUCCAGACAGAUGCCACUAAUCCUUCCGUCCCGCUGGAUCCCAUCUCGGUUUCUAAUUCCUCGUCCCAGAUUAUUCUGAAGUGGAAGCCUCCCUCUGACCCCAACGGCAACAUCACACACUACCUGGUUUUCUGGGAGAGGCAGGCGGAAGACAGCGAGCUGUAUGAAUUGGAUUAUUGCCUCAAAGGGCUGAAGCUGCCGUCCCGGACCUGGUCUCCGCCGUUUGAGUCUGAGGGCUCCCAGAAGCACAAUCAGACCGAGUACGAGGAGGCUGCCGGAGAGUGCUGCUCCUGCCCGAAGACCGACUCUCAGAUCCUGAAGGAGCUGGAGGAAUCCUCGUUCCGGAAGACAUUUGAGGAUUACCUGCACAAUGUGGUUUUCAUCCCCAGAAAAUCCUCUUCAGGCCCUGGCGCGGAGGACACCAGGCCGUCGCGGAGACGCAGGGCCCUGGCUGACAUAGGGAAUGGCACAGCGGCCGUGCCCACGCUCCCGGGGUUCCCCAACGCCUCCUCCACCAGCGCACCCACCAGCUCAGAGGAGCACAGACCCUUCGAGAAAGUGGUGAGCAAAGAGUCACUGGUCAUCUCGGGGCUGCGUCACUUUACCGGCUACCGCAUCGAGCUGCAGGCUUGCAACCAAGAUGCCCCCGAGGAGCGGUGCAGCGUGGCCGCCUACGUCAGCGCCAGGACCAUGCCCGAAGCCAAGGCCGAUGAUAUUGUGGGCCCCGUGACCCACGAAAUCUUCGAGAACAACGUCGUCCACCUGAUGUGGCAGGAGCCCAAGGAACCCAACGGUCUGAUCGUGCUCUAUGAAGUGAGCUACCGACGAUACGGCGAUGAGGAGCUGCACCUGUGCGUCUCUCGAAGGCAUUUCGCUCUGGAGCGGGGCUGCAGGCUGCGCGGGCUGCCGCCCGGGAAUUACAGCGUGAGAGUUCGGGCCACCUCCCUGGCGGGCAACGGCUCCUGGACAGAAGCCACUUAUUUCUAUGUGACAGAUUAUUUAGACGUCCCAUCAAAUAUUGCAAAGAUUAUCAUCGGCCCCCUCAUCUUUGUGUUUCUCUUCAGUGUUGUGAUUGGGAGUAUUUAUCUGUUCCUGAGAAAGAGGCAGCCGGAUGGGCCACUGGGACCACUGUAUGCUUCUUCGAACCCCGAGUACCUCAGUGCCAGCGAUGUGUUCCCGUGUUCUGUGUACGUGCCGGACGAGUGGGAGGUGCCCCGGGAGAAGAUCGCGCUGCUGCGAGAGCUCGGGCAGGGCUCCUUCGGCAUGGUGUACGAGGGCAACGCCAGGGACAUCGUCAAGGGCGAGGCGGAGACCCGCGUGGCGGUGAAGACGGUCAACGAGUCGGCCAGCCUGCGAGAACGGAUUGAGUUUCUCAACGAGGCCUCGGUCAUGAAGGGCUUCACCUGCCACCACGUGGUCCGCCUCCUGGGGGUGGUGUCCAAAGGCCAGCCGACACUGGUGGUGAUGGAGUUGAUGGCUCACGGAGACUUAAAGAGCUACCUCCGUUCCCUGCGGCCGGAGGCCGAGAAUAACCCUGGUCGCCCUCCCCCUACGCUGCAAGAGAUGAUUCAGAUGGCGGCGGAGAUUGCCGAUGGGAUGGCGUACCUGAACGCCAAGAAGUUCGUGCACCGGGACCUCGCAGCUCGGAACUGCAUGGUCGCUCAUGAUUUUACCGUCAAAAUCGGAGACUUUGGAAUGACCAGAGACAUCUACGAAACGGACUACUACCGGAAAGGGGGCAAGGGCCUGCUCCCCGUGCGGUGGAUGGCACCCGAAUCCCUGAAGGACGGGGUCUUCACCACUUCUUCCGACAUGUGGUCCUUCGGCGUGGUCCUCUGGGAAAUUACCAGCUUGGCAGAACAGCCUUACCAAGGCCUAUCUAAUGAGCAGGUGUUGAAAUUCGUCAUGGAUGGAGGGUAUCUGGAUCAACCUGACAACUGUCCAGACAGAGUCACCAACCUGAUGCGCAUGUGCUGGCAGUUCAACCCCAAGAUGCGGCCGACCUUCCUGGAGAUCGUCGACCUGCUCAAGGACGACCUGCACCCCAGCUUUCCCGAAGUUUCCUUCUUCCACAGCGAGGAGAACAAGGCGCCGGAGAGCGAGGAGCUGGACAUGGAGUUUGAGGACAUGGAGAGCGUCCCGCUGGACCGGUCGGCACACUCGCAGCGGGAGGAGGCCGGGGGCCGGGACGCGGGGUCGGCGCUGGGGCUGAAGCGGGGCUACGAGGAGCACAUCCCCUACACCCACAUGAACGGGGGCAAGAGGAACGGCCGCAUCCUGACCCUGCCGCGGUCCGACCCUUCCUAACGGCCCCUGCGGGGGGCAGGGGUUCCCGGCUUCACUUCCUCCUGGUUUGAAGGCCUGCAGAAAACUCAGGACUUGCACACGACUCUGCCACAGUGUCAAACGGAGCUCGGAGAUCAUGGCGAUCCAUUUCUGUUCAUCUGAUGACUUCAAAACACAUUGGUUCCAUUGCCAACUUGACUCGUCUGAGAAGUUAACUGUGAACACAGAGGGGAAAGGUUUCCACCGCUGCUGUCCCUUCGGGCCACCGCGGUUUCAAGCCAAGAUGCUACUUUUUCGGUAGAUUGAAAGAAAGCACCCGUUUUUACUUUUUUUUUUUUUUUUUUUUUUGCUGGUGUCUGAGCUACAGUAUAAAACAUAACACUUGUUUGUGGAACAAAAGUUUGAAAGAAAGAAAGAAAACCCUGUUCAAGUAGAAUUCCAGGCUUUGUCGAGUGGGCUUCGAGAAAGUUUUUCUCAUCCAGGCUGAAGGAUUUUUUUUUUUCCUUCACAAAAAUCAGUUCCUCAAAUUGACCAAUAGCUGCUGCUUUUAUACUUUCGAUAAGGACCUGCAGUCCGGGUGUGUGGCGCACGUGUGUACUCGGGCGUGUGUGUGCGGGUGUGUGUCCAGGUUAGGCGCAGCUGGCGUGUGUGUGUCUGAGUGUGUGUGCACGCCAAUCAUUUGGGCUGAGUUGUUGCUUUGGGGAUCAGCUCAUGAAGGUUCUGCUUUUCAAGUAUGUGAGCCCUUGGUCCCCCGCCUCCUUCCUUCUUCUUUACUGGGAGACUGUGCCCUCAACAGGUUUUUCUUUUGUCCCAAGUCUAGCCUCAGGAGUCUUCUCUCCCUUAACUUUGGUGAAAAACGUUUUCCGGGAGCCGAGGGAGUCCUUUGGAGUGAUAAUGGAUCUUUACAAGACCAAAACAAAGCCAGGACAUUUAAAAAAAAGAAAAAAAAAAAAAGAAAAAAAAACUGAGAUGAUAAGUUUUGAGAAUAUAUUUGUAACAUAUUUAAUUUUUGAAAGAAAUCUCCAGCAUCAGCCUCCUAAGUUAUUGCCCCUUUCCCCGGGGUGGGGGUAGGGCUUGUGGGUUGGUCUGCCUGUGUGGGGAGGGGGAACGAGGCACCAGUGGCCUCUCGGUGUGGUCUUAAAGGCAUCUGCUUUUCUGGGAAUAAAGCCACGUUAGCUGCUAACCCUUCUGGACGUCGUGGUGAGGCCACGCGGAGGGUGUGGGCGACUGGGUUUGAUGGAUGCUUUGGUUUCUGCUCGGGUAAGCUGAGCCCUGCCUUCGAACACGCGUGUGGCUCUCGGAUCCUCUGGUCCCGUGUGUACCUCUUGGGCUUCCUCAACUGGGUGGGCACGUCCUACAGUUACUGUGCAAACACAACAGAAUCAGACCCCAAAGUGGGACAGCACGGACGGCCUCUGAGAACACUAGCAAUAUGAAGCAAGAUGUGCCUGCGGUCCCCUCCGCCCUCAGGGCAUCCGACUGUCCUCAAAACUGACCUCCCAGAAGCUGCUCUGUGCCCAGGGACCUCAGCUGGGCCAGGUGUGGGGCCUGAGCCGAACCCUCAGGUGCUUACGAUGUCGCAGUCCCUAAGAGAGAGGAGUCUGCAGGAGAAACCAAGGACCUUCAGCGCUACCGAGAACUUCCGAAUGGGCAUGAGUCCACAGCUUCCUCCCUCAGGGGAGAGGACGACAGCUGCUCAAAGAGAGAACAUGGUGAACUCCUCACUCUGGUUCAUCGAAAUCGUCACCCCUGGGUCAUCCCUUGAGUGCAUUUUCUCACAGUUUUGCUUGCUUCCUUCUCUUAAGAGCUGUGGGCUGAAGAACAGGAUAGAGACACAAUGGCGACCUCUGAACCUUCUCAGUUCUUGAUUAAGGACACAGGUAGACACACAUCCCAAUUGCCUAUUGUUAUUUAUAUGAUUUGAGAAAUCUCAGCAUGUAAAAUACUUCUGGGGAGUCUCAGCGAUUGGGUACAAGGAGCAAGAGUACAGAAAUUAUUUUCGCCAAAUUUAUUUUGUACAUAUAAGAGGGUCUGUACGUAAAUUAAAAAAACACAUACCCGUAGAUCUAGGUAUUUUGUUCUUUCCGUAGUAAAUUUGUAGUGGCCAUAUACUACACUAGCAGCAAUUUUCACAUUUUUCUAAUUCAGAAAGGUUUUCUUAUAUUAGGGGAAAAAUUAUUUAUUUUAAUAUAUAAAAAUCACUGUAAAAAUCACUUUCGUAAAAAAUGGAGUGCAUGUAAAUUUUUUUUCAAAGAAAAAAUAAACAGGUGAAUGUGGGCUAAUGAUUUUUUUUUCCAGCACAGUCUACCUCAGUGUACUGUUAGGAUGUGGUUCAAUCAUCAACAUCUUUGAGACUUCAGAAUUCUGCCUGGAUCCAAUCUGAAUCAGGGAAAAUUGUAUCAGCUGAUUCCGAAUGCCAGGGACCAGUAAGAAUUUUGAGGGAGGGAGUUGGGCUGAAGUGUGGCUUUCAUAUGAACACAGAUCCUUUUUUUCUGGCUGAUAAUAUUCUUCUCUGGAUUUAAUCUUCCUCUUUUUUUUUUUUUUUUUUUAAAUCCUCCAUCCAUUGACACUGUGCUCUCCAAACAUGAACCAAGUUCCAGGCCAUCAUGAUGUAUCUGAUGUGUGGGGGACACCCUGGCCUGAGUGCCACCCUCUGGUGAGGGAAGCUCCCCGGCUGGGGCAAAGACAGGCUGUGAUGCAGGGCCAGCACCCCCACUGUCCCACAGCAUCCUUCUGGUGUGAGCACCAAGGUGCCCUGGGCUCUGUAUGGCUUAUUUCCAUUCCUUUCAGGCUGAGGUUUUUUUUUUUUUUUUUUUUUUUUUUUUGGAGAGGGGCAUGGAACCAAUCACACUCAUGGGCACCUUGCACACAGACACCCAACGUGGUGUCUCUUUUAUUCUCUGAGUGAAAAGGGGGCACGUUGAGAAAUCUCAAACCAAAACCCACCAUGCUGAACACAUUUUUUAGCAACAAAACCUUGGACCCCUGUAUUGUGGUUUGGUUGACCUCAAGAUGAUACUAUUUGAUCCUGUGGGGCUUUGAGAGCCCACAUGCUAAGUCUGGGCAGGGCCAGCAGGGAUGCUGUCAUCCUCAGCAGACGUCACCGCCCUUACCGUACCUCCCCACCCGUCCUGGAGAGGCAGUUCAGAGCGCUGGGCCUGCCCUGUGUGAACGGGAUCUCCCCGCCUUCGUUUAGCUGUCUCUCUUGCUGCAGUCAAAGAGCAAGCAGCCUGGAAUAACAGCCCCCUUUUUACAUCAGAUAAUGUUGACUCGCUCUGUAACAACAGAGUUUUGGUCCUAGAAAGUCAUGGAUGUCCUGGAGGGUUGUAGUGAUGUGCUACAGAAAAAAAGCAACAAAGCCAGCUUUGGUUGACGCUUUUUGUUGUUUGUGUUUUUAAAGAUGUCUUGCUGGUUUUAAAACCCUUUUUUAUUUGUGUGGCAAAAUCCACAUAGUGGUUUCUCCCUGGACCAGUGAUGUCGAACACACAUCUGGAAAUGUUUGUAUCCUGGGAGCUGUCCAGGGUGCUUUUCUGUCAUUUUAAGCUGGUAAGAAAGGGGGGAAAUGCUGCUGGUUCUCUGGAUAGACAGCGAGCACAACUGAAAGAAAACUGAUGCAAAGGUCUGCACAUACAAUCCCAUGAUGGUUGGAGACUGCCACCAACUGAGGGACAGAUCUUCCACUUCCUCCAGCCAGAGCAGACGGUCUGCUGUGAAACAUGCUUGUUGGGUUGGGAGAUGUUUCUUGGCAGCAGCAAUAACAUUGGCCAGUGGGCAGGAACACCAUCAGGGCUUGGCCCGUGCUAGCCACCUGCAUAAGUGAUCUGUGUGCUGCGCCCUCAAUGACAAUCUUUUUUCUACUUUGUGGUGGGUGGAAGUUGGGGGUUAAAUGUCUAUCAGAUGCCACUUGGUGAGUCGUUGACACCUCAGGCUACUUAGAAAUUAUGGUUUUGUUGGGAGUGGGGGAUGGGAAAAUGCUGAUUGUUUAGAAAUGAUGCACGUAGGAUGGUGUCCCUUCAGAAAACCUUCCAGAAUGUUCUUCAGAGUAUUGAUUUACCCCAGAGCUGAGGUUGGGAAUGCAAAGAACAGACUGGCAUUCAUUCUUUCAAACACAUGAAAGAAUGUGAUGGAUGUUCAGAAGCUGCAACUGGAGGUAAAUGUUUCCCUAUGGGGUCCCCCAGAAAGAGAGGGAAAUAAUGACUAUUUGGGUGUGGCCCCUAAAAAUCCUUGUUGAAACUCAGAUCAUGACUCUGGGGCUCCUGGUCCCAUUUGAGAAGGAAGGCAACACCUACCCAUCUCCCCGCCAAGAAUGUGUGUCCACACACACGUUCAGGAAUGGCUUGUUUACUCUGUUGACCUUGUGUGCCUGGUGGGGGGUCCAGGCCCUGCGUGUCUGCAGCAGACACCCAUCCGCUGUCAGCCACGCAGGAUCAAAUGUGCCUCGGCUUAGGCGGAAAACAACUCGGAGACACAAAACCCACCAAAAGCUCAAUUCUUAUUUUUUUUUCAAUGUUUUCCUAAAAGAGGCAAGUAGCACCAUGUAUAGAAUAUGCCUUUUUGUUUUUUGGAUAUUGAAAUUGCUCUGCAUGUAAAAUAUGGGAUAAUUACCUGUUUAUAUGAAAAUUCUGAAUAAAUUAUCUGAGAAUA